GAUCACUCACAGUUCCCGAGCUCACUCAGCAGAUGUUUGAUGCUAAAAACAUGAUGGCCGCUUGCGACCCUCGUCAUGGCAGAUACCUCACCGUGGCUGCCAUCUUCCGAGGCCGCAUGUCCAUGAAAGAGGUGGACGAACAAAUGUUAAACAUCCAAAACAAGAACUCCAGCUACUUUGUGGAAUGGAUUCCCAACAUUGUGAAAACAGCUGUGUGCGACAUUCCACCCAGAGGCUUGAAGAUGUCGGCCACGUUUAUUGGAAACUCAACGGCCAUUCAGGAGCUGUUUAAGAGGAUUUCAGAACAGUUCACGGCCAUGUUCAGACGCAAAGCUUUCCUCCAUUGGUACACGGGAGAAGGUAUGGAUGAAAUGGAGUUAACCGAGGCAGAAUCCAACAUGAACGACCUGGUGUCCGAGUAUCAACAGUAUCAGGAAGCGACAGCAGAUGAAGAAGAAUUCGACGAAGAAGAGGGUGAAGUUGAAAUCGAUGGAAACUAGUUUUAAACUCACUCACACAUUUGCCAUUUAGUAAUCAUUCCGCUUAAAUAAUUAGGAGUUAAUCAAUUUCUUUAACCAGAACCAUUUAUUCCCAAAUAGGGGGUAGAGGGUAACCUGGUUGACCCAUUAUCGGGGCAAAUUUGGUACUGUAUCUAACAAGUUGUAUUUUUCCUGGAGUUACUAAGUAAACUUAGGCCUUGUAAUAAAAAAUCGGGCAAAUAAAAUUAAAAAAGAUAAAUUUCUUGACAAAUUCUUAAAAGUUUAUAGCUUACUGUAACCAUAACCUUCAAUAUAAAAAAAGGCCUGGAGAAGGGUGUAUAAGAUAAAAAUAGGCUACUGAAUUUGUUUUAGUACAAAAGUGGCACUAGGCUAAGUUUAGUUAGUAAAAAUUAUCCUUGAAAUAGGUUUUUUUUAGAUUAAGUUUAUUUUACUUACCGGUAGUUAUUAUUGAGACUAUGGAGAGCUUUGUACCAUGAACUACAGUAACUUACGUAGGCUACUAGACAAAGUGGUUUGGGUCUAUGAUCUAUUAGAUACCCUACCGUAGGCUACCAUACUGGGGAUUAAAAAAAGAUGCACU